UAUUCUUAUCUUCUCCCUUGUCUUGUCUAAAAGAUCACUGAAACCAAUAAUGACUUCCAAGCUCUUCUGUUUCUUAACUUUUUCAUACCUCGUUCUAUUUUCCUUGUUUGUCUCUCUUUCUUUUGCUGAUAGCAAUUCGACCAGCCCGGUCUCAUCAGUAACCGUUUGCAAGUCCACCCCGGACCCUACUUAUUGCAGAUCUGUACUCCCUAACCAAACCACGGCCAAUGUGUAUUACUAUAGCAGGUAUUCAGUCAGAAAAGCACUGUCUCAAUCCCGCAAAUUUCUGAUGCUGGUGGACAAGUAUCUAAGGCGCAACUCCACCUUGACAACAUCAGCAAUUCGGGCACUCGAAGAUUGCCGGCUGCUUGCCGGACUUAACAUGGAUUUCCUCUUGAGCUCCUUCCAAACUGUAAACUCUACUGGAAGAAUUCUUUCUAGCCAGCGAGCGGAGGAUAUCCAAACUUUUCUUAGCGCCAUUUUAACCAACGAGCAAACUUGUUCGGAUGGCCUUCAAGCCACGGCUUCAGCUUGGAGCAUAAAGAAGGGCCUCGCAGUCCCACUUGCUAAUGACACUAAGCUGUAUAGCGUCUCUCUAGCUCUUUUUACCAAGGGUUGGGUGCCUAGAAAAAAGAAAAGCACAGCAUGGCAGCCUAAGAGGAAACAAGUUGGUUUUAAAAAUGGACGCUUGCCCUUAAAAAUGUCGAGCCGGACGCGAGCUAUUUACGAGUCAGCGAGUCGUAGAAAGCUACUGCAGUCGACGGAUAAUGAUGAUGAGGUUAUGGUGUCUGACAUCGUGACCGUGAGUCAAGAUGGAACUGGAAACUUCACCACCAUUAAUGACGCCAUUGCUGCAGCUCCAAACAACUCUGUUCCUGCCGAUGGCUACUUCUUGAUCUACGUCACGGAAGGUGUUUACGAAGAGUACGUGUCCAUUGCCAAGAACAAAAAGCAUUUGAUGAUGAUUGGAGAUGGUAUCAACCAGACAAUUAUCACGGGCAACCGCAGCGUCGUUGAUGGGUGGACAACCUUCAAUUCCGCAACGUUUGCUGUGGUCGCACCAGGGUUCGUGGCCGUGAACAUUACUUUCCGCAACACAGCCGGGGCAAUCAAGCACCAGGCGGUGGCACUUCGAAAUGGGGCAGACUUGUCUACGUUUUACAGCUGCAGCUUUGAAGCGUACCAGGACACCUUAUACACACAUUCCCUCCGACAAUUUUAUAGAGAGUGUGACAUAUAUGGCACAGUCGAUUUUAUAUUUGGAAACGCUGCAGUUGUUUUCCAAAAUUGUAACCUAUAUCCUCGGCUGCCGAUGAGUGGACAAUUCAAUGCCAUCACAGCGCAAGGAAGAACAGACCCCAAUCAGAACACGGGUAUUUCAAUUCAGAACUGUAGGAUUAGAGCUGCAGAUGAAUUGGCAUCGAGCAAUGGCACAACUCAGACGUACUUGGGAAGACCGUGGAAGGAGUACUCCAGGACAGUUUAUGUGCAAACUUUCAUGGAUAGAUUGAUAAAUCCUGCUGGUUGGAUGGCGUGGAAUGGGGAAUUUGCGCUAAGCACAUUGUAUUAUGCAGAGUACAACAACACGGGACCCCGAUCAAACACUACAAACAGAGUGACAUGGUCUGGUUACCACGUGAUGAAUGCCACGGAAGUUGCUAAUUUCACGGUGGCAAACUUCUUGCUAGGGGAUGACUGGCUGCCUCAAACAGGAGUGCCGUACGCUGGUGGCUUGAUCAUAUGAACACAUACAGCUGGCUUUUUUUUUCAUUCAUUUAUUUAUUUGUUUGCUUCAUUUCUUUUUAUCAAUGAGACUUGAUAAGCAUGUGAAAGGCCAAGCUUUUGAAAAACAGCUUGGUUUUGACAGUCGAUGAUAGUACACAAUGCAUUCAAGAAUGUCAGUUAUUUUCAAAUAAUAUUGAAGA